UACUAAGUUGUAUAUAAAUAAAGAGCAUUCAACAAAAAAAGAAAAGAGAUCUAUUAUAUAUGGCCAUGGCUCUUAGUGGCUACAGUAAUGUAAUUAUGAUUGUUAUAGUCACAUUUUUUCCCCCUUGCAUUGCUAUGGGCACUGAAUAUGUAGUUGGAGAUCAUCAUGGAUGGGCAACAGGCUUUGAUUACAACAUUUGGGCUGCAAAUAAAGUCUUCAAAGUUGGAGACUCACUUGUAUUCAGAUAUGAAGUUGGGCAACACAACGUGUACAAAGUAAAUGCAACAGCGUUCCAGAACUGCACCGUGCCUUCAAAUCACAGCGAGGCACUGAGGAGUGGGAAUGAUGUUAUUGUGUUGGCAAGUCCAGGGCAAAAAUGGUAUCUAUGUGGUGUUGGCGAGCACUGCACCACAGGGCAAAAGCUUGCGAUUACAGUAGUGCCUAGCACAAUAUCUUCAUCACCUUCACCUGUUCAACAUACUAAGAAGCUUUUUGGAGGAUUUCAUUUGUGAACCCUCUUCCAAGUUUAAAUUGAAGCUUGUGAUUUAUCUUAUUUCAUGGCCAAUCUUAUUUUCAUUUAAAUAAGAGAAACAACAAUAUUUUGUGUACUAUAUUUAUGUUAGACAUAUAACUAUUAAUGUUGUCUUUUUCUAUCAGUUUAAGUUGUUAGGAUGAGUAGUUUCAUGAUAUGACAUC